AUGCUUAUCAUAGCAUUGUUGGACGAGGACGACGAUCUGUCUGAAGUACAACCCGAUGCGGUGCCCAAUGAGGUGCGGGAGUGGUUGGCCUCCACUUUCACUAAUAAGAGUAAUAAUUCACAAAAAAGACGGCCCGAAGACAAACCAAAGUUCAGAUCAGUUGCUCAUGCGAUUAGGGCUGGCAUUAUGGUCGACAGGAUAUAUAGACGUCUGGCGGGUGCGACCGCUUUACAUAUACCACCAGACGCUGCGGUGCUUUUAAAGGGUGUCGACGAAUGGUGUUUUGAUGUGUUUGCGCUGAACAACACAUGUAAAGGACAAGUACUUCGAUGCCUGAGCGCUGAUUUGCUGAAUAGAUACGGAUUGAUACAUAAAUUCAAAAUUCCUUCAUCCAAUUUAGAGAAAUUUUUGUUGCAAAUUGAGCAAGGUUAUACCAAAUACUCAAAUCCAUACCACAAUAAUCUGCAUGCAGCUGAUGUCACUCAAACCGUCCACUACUCUCUCUGGGCCACAGGAUUGGCUGAGUUUCCAUCCAUACUCUGCUUGAUAUAA